AUGCCUACCAUCCCACCCACAAUGGAGACAACAAUCACACAAAAGUCCACAAUCAACAACGCUACAAACUUGCUCAAGCGCAGCAGUAUGAGCAACCCCGACAAAUACCCCCUCUAUAUCUUCCUCAUCAUCGCCGGCUGCGUUGUAGGCGGGCUCAUCGGGUUCAGUGUAUACACUAUGUACUAUGGCAUCGACGAGUCGGGGAAGCACAAGGACAUUUCCCACGAGCAACACAAAUACAUGCGGGAGACCAGGCAGCGGAAUUUGAAUGCGCUCGCUGUUCAGGCGGGGAGACCGGAUAUGGUUGUUCCUAUCAGGGAGUUGGAUGCUUGA